UACUACCUGGAACAAACCCUGCAAAGAUUCGGCGGGCGCCGCAGCCGGGCGUGCCAGCAGGAGGCUGCGCCGGGACUGCCCCCUCUCAUUUCUCCCGCGCAAAACCGGGCCGGACGGCUCCACUCCCUCCCUCCACUGCAGGGGGGAGCCCGGCGCCCCCAGAUGGGCAGCCACCCCGGGCGGCUCCCAGCUGCAGCCCCUCUUGCGCCGCCUGCAAAGCGAAGUUCACCGGUCGCGAAGUUUGGGUCCUGUAAGGGGAGCCUCGAGGGCUGGCGCCGCGGCGCCGAGUGGGCGGCGCGGUGCGCUCCCCCUGUCCCGGGCGCCGAGUGCGCCCCUCCCCCGGCCCGCCGGAGCUCCGGGCGGAGCGAGCGCGCUGCGCGGCCGCGGGCGACCUCCGUGCGCGGCCCCGUGGCGAGCGAGGCUCCCGUGGCCGCGUGCUGGGAGGAGGCCGGAGCCCAGCGGGGAAGAAUGGAGUUGGCGACUGGCUCGCAGAUCCCUAAAGAAGUGGCUGACAUCUUUAACGCCCCCAGUGAUGAUGAAGAGUUUGUCGGUUUCCGAGAUGAUGUUCCCAUGGAAACCCUGUCAUCAGAGGAGAGCUGCUAUAGUUUUGACUCACUGGAGUCAGGGAAGCAGCAGGAUGUGCGUUUCCAGUCCACAACCUUCACAGAAGAGCUAAGGAGAAUUUUUAGAGAGGACAGUGACUCAGAGACGGAAGAUUUUGAAGGAUUUACACAGAGUGAUCUGAAUGUUAACAGUAACGCAGAAGUAAUGCUCGUGGAGUCAGAGCUCAGUGAUGACGGUAAAGCAUCUUUCAUGAGUGAGGAAGAGGAAGAUGAAGAAGAAGAGGCUCCACCUAGAAGCAGCAGGCCGAGAAGAAGCAGUAUUGGUCUUCGGGUAGCCUUUCAGUUCCCCACCAAGAAACCGGCAAAAAAUGCCGGUAAGAACAGUUCUCCUGAGCCGUUGUUUUCUGGCUCGCACAUACAGGACAGUAAGAGUGGAAUUCUUGGAAGAAAGACAAGCUGCAGACAGAGGAAGGAAAGGGAAGAUUCUGCCUCUGAGUCUGAGGACGACUCCAGGGACGAGGGCCAGGAGAGCUCAGAUGCCCUGCUGAAAAGGACCAUGAACAUCGAGGAGAACAAAGCCAUGCUUGCUCAAUUAUUGGCGGAAUUGAACUCAAUGCCAGAUUUCUUCCCGCUCCGAACCCCGAACUCAGCUUCUAAGAAGAAAGCAGUGAGGCGGGCCUUCUCAGAGGGACAGAUCACACGGCGCACCAACCCGGCCCGGAGCGCACGGCCUCCCGAGAAGUUCGCCCUGGAGAACUUCACCGUGUCGGCCGCCAAGUUCGCAGAAGAGUUUUACAGUUUCAGAAGAAGGAAGACAACAAGCGGGGGGAGAUGCCAGGGAUAUCGACGACGUCGCCGUGUAUCUUCUUUUCGGCCAGUGGAGGACAUCACUGAAGAGGACUUGGAGAAUGUGGCCAUAACUGUUCGAGAUAAAAUCUAUGAUAAAGUUCUGGGUAACACUUGCCACCAGUGUCGGCAGAAGACCAUUGACACCAAGACGGUGUGUCGGAACCAGAGCUGCGGCGGGGUGCGAGGACAGUUUUGUGGGCCUUGCCUGCGGAAUCGCUACGGGGAGGACGUGCGAUCGGCGCUGCUGGACCCGGGUUGGGUGUGUCCUCCCUGCCGGGGCAUCUGCAAUUGCAGUUACUGUCGGAAGCGUGAUGGUCGCUGUGCCACAGGCAUCCUCAUUCAUCUGGCCAAGUUUUACGGUUAUAAUAACGUUAAGGAAUAUCUGGAGAGCUUACAAAAGCAGCUGGUAAAAGACAACUAAGAGAAGAACCAGCCAGCUCACCAUGGAGGACUCCGACAAGACAUGCCAUUUGUGCCUAAGAUUUCUUAUGGUUGUGUUUGUAUACAGAAAUUCUUUGUAGAUCCAAAUACUAUUUUUUUUUAAAGAUUGUUUGUUUAUAUACUUCAAAAGAUUUCUCAGGAAGACGAGAGAGGAAUCGACAUACAUGUAUACGCAGGCCUGUUUAUAGAUUGAAUUGUUAAAAGCAUCUGCAGCUGAUUUAAAAAACAUAGUUUAGAUGGGGGGGUAGAGUUACCCCAGAGAAAACAUCGUGUAAGCAGCUCUUGCCUUUGUUGCCUUGAUCUUUUACCUCCCAAACCAGUCCCUGGAGGCCAGCUUGUGACGGGUUACGUCCCCCUUAAGUUUACCUUAUCACAAGUGACCAUAGUUUAAGC